AUGGGCAAUCGUCAUAGCCAGUCUUACUCCCUCUCAGAAGGUAGUCAACAUUUGCCCAAAGGGGACAUCCAACCCUCGGCAGCCGUGAAGCCUCUCAGCCACGCACCAGGGAAUGGAGAGCCAGAGGCCCAACAGCCUGCCAAAGCGAGAAGUCAUCAAGGUUUUGAUGUGGAUCAGGAUGCCAAAAUGCUGAACGAAGCCUGCAAAGGAAUGGGAACCGAUGAAGCAGCCAUCAUUGAAAUCUUAUCAAGCAGGACAUCGGAUGAGAGGCAACAAAUAAAGCAAAAGUACAAGGCAACGUAUGGCAAGGACCUGGAGGAGGUGUUCAAGAGCGAACUGAGUGGAAGCUUUGAGAAGACAGCCUUGGCCCUCCUGGACCGCCCCAGCGAGUAUGAUGCCCGCCAGCUGCAAAAGGCCAUGAAGGGUCUGGGCACAGAUGAGGCAGUGAUCAUCGAGGUCCUGUGCACAAGAACCAAUAAGGAGAUCAUGGCCAUUAAAGAAGCCUACCAAAGGUUGUUUGACAGGAGCCUUGAAUCAGAUGUCAAAGCUGAUACAAGUGGAACCCUAAAGAAAAUGCUGGUGUCCCUGCUACAGGCUAAUCGUGAUGAAGGAGAUGAGGUGGACAGAGAUCUAGCUGGUCGGGAUGCCAAGGAUCUGUAUGAUGCAGGGGAGGACCGCUGGGGCACUGAUGAGCUUGCCUUCAAUGAAGUCUUGGCCAAGAGGAGCCACAAGCAAUUACGGGCCACCUUUCAAGCCUACCAGAUUCUCAUCAACAAAGACAUCGAAGAGGCCAUUGAAGCAGAAACGUCGGGAGACGUGCAGAAGGCCUACUUAACUCUUGUGAGGUGUGCCCGGGACCAGGAGGGCUAUUUUGCUGACCGUCUGUACAAGUCCAUGAAGGGUGCAGGCACCGAUGAGGAGACACUAAUUCACAUCAUCGUGACCAGGGCUGAGGUGGACCUUCAGGGGAUAAAGGCAAAGUUCCAAGAGAAGUAUCAGAAGUCUCUGUCUGACAUGGUUUGCUCAGACACGUCUGGGGACUUCCAGAAACUGCUGGUGGCCCUCUUGCACUGA